CAGGGGUCCCGGGCUCUCCCUCCCGCCAGGCAGGUUCAUGAAGCCAAGCAGAGCGAAGGCUGCACAGAUGCCCCCCAGCCAGGCGCCUGCCCGGGGCUGACGGGGACCUGCGGGCACCUGAAUGGCAGGCGACGCACAACGCCACAGCUCUUUUCUAUUUUUUUGCUACCCUUUGGAGAUAAUAGAUUUGUAAUUCUAUUUUUUUUACAGCCGGACCUGGACCUUCUCUGAACAGAAGCGGGGAAGGGGGUGCCUGGAGGGAGCGGAGGCGGACGUGUUUUCUGCUCAGAGAGGGGGGUCUUUUUCUCCUUCCCUCGCCCUUCUCCCUCUUCCCGGUUGGGUCUAUGCUAUGAAAGCCAAUAUGCACAAGCACCACCACUGUUGUAAGUGCCCAGAGUGCUACGAGGUGACGCGGAUGGCGGCCCUGAGGCGCAUGGAGCCUCCCAGCUACGGAGAGUGGCAGCACGAGCAGUAUGGCUAUGGGGGCUAUGGCUCACAGACCCUGCCAUCCCAGGGGGGAGCCGCUCCCACCCCCAGGAACAAGAACAAACUCAUUCCCACCUCCCGGGACAAUGUCCCUGCCCCCCUGAAGCAGGGGCAGGGGAAGAGCACGCCCAAGAUGAAUGGGAACAGCACGGGCUGGUGGCCAGAAUGCACAUGCUCGAACCGCGACUGGUAUGAACAGGCCAACCCCGCUCCCAUUAUUGUGAACACGGACUCGCUGGAACAAGGCCUCUCAGUGAACGGCAGUGAUGGGAUGUUUAAGUACGAGGAGAUCGUCCUGGAAAGGGGUAACUCCGGCCUCGGCUUCAGCAUUGCAGGAGGUAUCGACAACCCUCAUAUUCCAGAUGAUCCAGGUAUUUUCAUCACCAAAAUCAUCCCUGGUGGAGCUGCAGCUAUGGACGGCCGUCUAGGGGUGAACGACUGUGUCCUGAGAGUGAACGACGUGGACGUCUCCGAGGUGGUGCACAGCAAAGCCGUGGAGGCGCUGAAGGAGGCCGGCCCCGUGGUCCGGCUCGUGGUGCGGCGGAGGCAGCCCCCGCCAGAGACCAUCAUGGAGGUUAACCUGAUGAAAGGACCCAAAGGACUAGGCUUCAGCAUCGCAGGUGGAAUCGGGAACCAGCACAUCCCAGGAGACAACAGCAUCUACAUCACCAAGAUCAUCGAGGGAGGGGCUGCCCAGAAGGACGGCCGGCUGCAGAUCGGGGACCGGCUGCUCGCGGUGAAUAACACAAACCUGCAAGAUGUGCGGCAUGAGGAGGCAGUGGCCGCCUUGAAAAACACUUCGGACAUGGUGUACCUGAAAGUGGCCAAGCCCGGCAAUGUCCACCUCAACGACAUGUAUGCGCCCCCCGACUACGCCAGCACCUUCUCAGCCCUGGCUGAUAACCACAUAAGCCAUAACUCCAGUCUGGGUUACCUGGGCGGCAUUGAGAACAAGCCUGCCUACCCAGCACCCCCGCAGGUGACCCCAUCCAGGUACUCGCCCAUCCCUCGACACAUGAUUGGGGAGGAGGACUUCACCAGAGAGCCCCGGAAAAUCAUCCUGCACAAAGGCUCCACGGGACUGGGCUUCAACAUCGUUGGUGGUGAGGAUGGAGAGGGGAUCUUUGUCUCCUUUAUCCUGGCCGGAGGCCCUGCCGACCUCAGUGGGGAGCUGCGGAGAGGAGACCGCAUCCUUUCGGUAAAUGGGGUGAACCUCCGCAAUGCGACUCACGAGCAGGCGGCCGCAGCCCUGAAGCGAGCGGGACAGACGGUGACCAUCAUCGCCCAGUACAGGCCUGAAGAGUACAGCCGCUUCGAGUCAAAGAUCCACGACCUGCGAGAACAAAUGAUGAACAGCAGCAUGAGCUCUGGCUCUGGCUCACUCCGGACCAGUGAGAAGAGAUCCCUCUACGUCCGAGCGCUGUUUGACUAUGACCGGACCCGGGACAGCUGCCUGCCCAGCCAGGGGCUCAGCUUCUCCUAUGGGGACAUUCUGCAUGUCAUCAACGCCUCUGACGACGAGUGGUGGCAGGCGAGACUAGUGACGCCGCACGGGGAGAGCGAGCAGAUUGGGGUCAUCCCCAGCAAGAAGAGGGUGGAAAAGAAGGAGAGGGCGCGAUUGAAAACGGUCAAGUUUCACGCCCGGACCGGGAUGAUCGAGUCCAACAGGUCGAUCAAAACGAAACGUAAAAAGAGUUUCCGCCUCUCACGAAAGUUCCCAUUUUACAAGAGCAAAGAGAACCUGGCCCAGGAGAGCAGCGGACAGGAACAGGGUGUGACGUCCAACACCAGUGACAGUGAGAGCAGCUCCAAAGGACAAGAGGACACGAUUCUGUCAUACGAACCAGUGACGCGGCAAGAAAUUCAUUACGCACGGCCGGUGAUCAUCCUGGGGCCGACAAAGGACCGGAUCAACGAUGACCUCAUCUCUGAGUUCCCACACAAGUUUGGCUCCUGCGUGCCGCACACCACCAGGCCACGGCGCGAGAACGAGGUGGACGGGCAGGACUAUCACUUCGUCGUGUCCCGGGAGCAGAUGGAGAAGGACAUUCAGGACAACAAGUUCAUCGAAGCUGGGCAGUUCAACGACAACCUCUACGGGACCAGCAUCCAGUCGGUGCGGGCCGUGGCAGAGAGAGGGAAGCACUGCAUCCUGGAUGUGUCUGGCAACGCCAUCAAGAGGUUGCAGCAAGCACAGCUUUACCCUAUUGCCAUUUUCAUCAAGCCAAAAUCCAUCGAAGCGCUCAUGGAGAUGAACCGGAGGCAGACGUACGAGCAAGCCAACAAGGUCUUUGACAAAGCCAUGAAACUGGAGCAGGAGUUUGGGGAGUAUUUCACAGCCAUCGUACAGGGAGACUCUCUCGAGGAGAUUUACAACAAAAUCAAACAGAUCAUUGAGGACCAGUCUGGGCACUACAUCUGGGUCCCGUCCCCUGAGAAACUUUGAAGACUUCCCCCAUCUCCUUCCUUGUGAGCAGAAGGUCUCUGAAAUCCCACCCCCGCCCACGCCCUCUGCCCCACGGGGGGACACAAAUACUCCUCCUGCCCCUUUUUUAGAUCGUCGCAAAAUUGAGUUUUCUAGUCCUGUUUCUUUUUGUUGGGAUGAAGCGAUCGCAUUCAUCACGUGACUGUUCCCACCAUCCCUGCAUGGACCUCCCCACUGCGCCAUUAGAGACGGAUGAGAACCCAUUCAAGAAUGGUUUUUUUUUAUUCUUAUUACUAUUAUUAUUAAUGAAACCAAGCAGCGAGACGGGCCAAGGAGGCUGAGGACUAAUGUAAAGAACGACCGAAACUGGGCUGCGGCACUGAGAGAGGAGUGGAGCUUCCCGGGCAUUUCUCCAUGUGCGUCUGUCACUGUCGUGCAGCCCUGACCAGCACAACACAAAGGCAACAGAAAGCAUUUUAUUUAUCUGUAUAUGUAAUUUAUAUAUAAUAUAGAGAGAGAUAUUAUAUAUAUAUUAUAUAUAUGUGGACUAGCAAACAGGAGGGACCUCCUAAAUGGUACUAUUUUAUUGCUAGGAUGCAUCCAAUUGUCCCAGGCACUGCAUAAGGGAGUCCGCUCUGGUCAGGAAGAGAUUGAACCGGGACCAGGUGCUCUGAAUGAUUCUCACAUCCGGUCCGUCUUUCACAAGCCAGUGCCCAGGGCUGGAGGGCAGGGCAGAGCCGAGGAUGUGGUGUGCGCAGAGGGGGCCACAGGUCUGGAACCACAUGAGCAUCAGUGGCUGAUCUGAAACUGGGAGAGAAGACUAAGCAAGAGGCUGCGGAGCGAAAGUGUGGAUGCUAGUACAUAUUAAAUUGCACAUUGUUUUACAGGCCACCUGAUGAUGUGUUUGCAUGAGAGGUUUCCUUUUUGUUCUAUUUUUUUAAGCAGAUGUUAAACCAAAACCAUGUUGUGUUGCUGUGUUGGCUUUUUCAUGACUGAGUUUCUCAUGUUAAUAAUGAACUGAACGGGUAUAAAGUCCAUUUUUUAACUUAUUUUUUAAGAUGGCUCCACUGUAAAUAGAACAUGGGCCCAAGCUAUUGCAGGCCAGGAGCUCUCUGCAGCUCACAUGAGAUGGACUGGCCGGCUGCUCCGUGCCCCUCGGGGAACACCUGGCCCCUCGGGCAGACCCUGGCCAGGGGGCAGCAGGCAGGCAGGCUGGCCUGCUCUCCUUUGCGGGAGGGCACUUGAACCCCUGGGAGUUAGCAGCAGGCCCCAGCUGUCCCUGGGACAGAUGCUCAGAGCUCCUCCAGUCUGUCCAAGGCUUCAAAGCAGCCUAAAUUCUAGGAGCAACUGAAACCCUCCCUCCCUCCCUGCCUGCCACAGCCUAGAUUCAGGGCUGUUUCCCCUGAAGGCAGUGGUGACCUUCAUGGCACCGCCACCCUUGUAACGCAGCCAUGUCCCCUCUGCACCCCUGGGACUCGGGCUGUGGCAGCUAUGCAGGCAUUCACCCCUCGUCCCUCUCAAAGCCUCUGCCUAUGUCCUGGUUCUCCAAGUAGGAUCCUGCCCUCCCUAGCCAUGCUUUCUAGAACCAGACGCAGGAGCUGGACUGUGAGCAGGGAAACAUGCACUGCCACGGGCGUGAAACCUGGCAUCGGGAGCAAGGAACAGGUGCUGCUGAGGAAGCUCAGGCAUCUGUUUGAACAUGGCUCCAUCAGAGGAGAAUGUGCCAGUUCAUCCAAGGGGAAAGCCCACAAAGCACUUGGGAACAGUCUGGACUGUCCAUGUCUCGACAGUGCAAGGUCCCCUUUGGUAGGGAAACUGUAAAUACUUUUCUCACAGCCACAUGCCCCCAGCAGGACAAGGGCGGUCGCCCACCACAGCGUUGGCAGGUGCGUUCCUCUUCCCCAGGUAGGGGCAGGUGGCGCCAGUUCCUUGCCUAGCUAGUAGGGUUGGCCAGGGGUGGCUUCCACGUAGCACCAAGAGGACACUGUCCACCUGCGCCGGCGCCAGCUGCAUCACUCGCUGUCGGGCCUCUGCAGGGUGCAGGCACACUGCAGUGAGCGAGAAGCACCCGCUUGUGUGGCAGUCACCUGUGUUGCGAGAGGAGUUCAGAUGGACUUUAGCCGCCAGCUGAAACUGGAAGCACAGCUGUGCAGACCGCACCAGCAGUGUCAUGGUGGCAGAGGCAAAGCAGCGGUGCCUGCUGUCAAGCUGGAGUCUCCCCAUGGAGCAAGCCUGGGCAGGGGCCUGGCGUUCGUUCUUCCUGGGCUCUGCUCCAGUGGCCCCACACUGGAUGCUGCCAGCCUCACACCAGAGACAGGGAAGCGGUGAAGCAGCAGAUGCUCUCCAGGGCUAGUUUCACAGGUCCAGCUCCUUUUCUUUUUCUGAUAGCCUGUGUCCCUCUCCUCUAGUCCCAUGGACAGACGAUCGAUGUGCUCCAUGGCAUAGCUGAAAGUAUCCGAUCAAUCAUGACAACACUAGUUGGUUGCCAGUGUUUCUUCCAAGGAGACGUAUAUUUUUAAUAAACAGAGUUACAAAGA